AUGCCUCCCACCCUCGAGAUACUGUGCGACAUUCCUUGGGAUCUCUACCCAGGCAGAUGUGCAGGCUUUGAGGAGUACAUCACUCUCAAAGAACAAAUCUGCUACGACUACCGCCACCCGCCCAACUACAGGCAACUGUACAUCGAGGGUCAGCGCUCGGUCAGGGAGAACUUUCCGGGUCGUUUGAAGUACGGUAUACGCGUUGAUGAUGGCCCACUCAUGCUUGAGUACUGCCUCAGAGCUCUAUCCGUAUGCCACCCUCUCAUGUCCUUGAAGGACGUCGACCCCCUGACCAUCUGUCACCGACUCGCCGGGGGCGAUCAGACGCCUCCAGAAACCGAAGAAGAAUACGCCAACUUCCGAAUUCCAGAAAUCCGAAACCUAACGCCACGGCUGCGUCUACAAGGCCUCGCCUGCUUUGCGCACAUGAAGUUCUGGGCUGACGAGCGGACGCCGCAGUGCUAUACGCACCUCGUCGAAAGCGACAGCCCGAUGUGGGACGCGUGUAACGCGGCCGACAUCUGCGUUGGGCUCGGCUUCGUCCCGCCCAUCACGCUCCGGAUCGCGGGCUGGAUGGCGACGACAAAGGCGCGUUUCGGCGUCGACGCGCGCCGCGCCGACAGGUUCAAGGACCUGCACUUCCUCUGGACCACGCACGCGAACUACCUUUCGCGCCUCCAGCUCCGGGAGGACUCGCGGCUGAGGAAAGUGGCGAAGGCGCCCCAUCUGUACCGGUGCGCCAAUGACGGCUGCAAGAUACAAGCGACUAACAGAAACGCGCUGCGGCGAUGCGGUGGACGCUGUCCACUGGAGCGGAAGCCCCACUAUUGCAGCGAGUUCUGCCAACGACAGCAUUGGAUGAUUCAUCGCGAAUUCUGCAAAUCGGACACCACUACCGACCACACCGACAUUAUCGACGACGACGGAAGCGUAGACUGGGUUGACGUUGACGAAUUCAAACUGCCUGCCAUUGUUAACGACAAAAAACUGUGGGAGCAAAAAUGGCCCCUCUUCGCCGACAGUGAGGGGCCCGAGAUCUUCAUUGACGUCCCGAACGACAGCCCAUUCCGGAAAGGCGAGGUCGUACGCCUCAAGACGCGGACACUCAGCCCCGAAUGCUUGAAGGACUAUCGUAGCCUGUGGGCACCCGUCAAGAACUCCGCGAAGUCAAAGACAAGGAAGCACGUCGAGAAAUUGAUGGACGAAUCGCCGCACAAUAUGGGUUUCCCUCCGGAUGAUGUGAUGGAUUUGCUUAAGGGGGCUCAACUGAAGCCUUGGUAA